CAAAAUUCCCCACAUUUACUAAUUGCCUACAUAUGUUUCGCUUGGUUCAUGUCGUCCGCGGCUUACGUGAAUUCGCUUUUGUAUACAUAUGUACGUAUAUAUAUGUAUAUACAUACCGUGUAUACAUAUAUAGGCACGGUGGAGCCUCGGAGAAAUUCUCGUGUUUAUUAAUAAUUUCUCUCGGCGUCAUAUGAAACGGAGGCAGAAACGAUUUAGAACCGGCGGCAACUGGAGGCCGUUAAUGAGCCUCUCGUGUAGAACUGUCUGUCUCCGGUCCGGCCGAUAGCUCGCGCCGAUUGCAGACUUGAAAAUCAGUUUUAGCGGCCCUUAGCAAGGAUGUACCGAAAACGGUUGGAGAUAUGUUCCUGAGAGGUCCGGGCUUCUCGAUCGGCUCGAUUAUUGCGUGAAGUACAAAGGAAUAAAUUCGCCGCGUACUUCAACUAUUAAGAUGGCUGCAUCCUUGUCAGCUUAUUGGGUGAAGUUCUUCAAAGGGGCUGGAUUUCCUCUGGACGUGGCUACCAAACAUGCGGUGGUGUUCUCGAACAAUCGUAUCAAGCCGGAUAUGUUGCCAGACCUGGACAAACCUAGUCUCAAGGAGAUGGGCAUCACGCUAAUGGGCGAUAUGAUUGCUAUUUUGAGAUACGCCAAGAAGGUAGUGGAGGAGACGACGUGCGAGAGGUUCUUGGUCGAUUCGGAGGACGUGCUCCCGGCUCCGAAGGCUCCCGCGAAACCCGUCGCGAAGAAAGUCAAGGAAAUUGGAAACAAGACGGUGGUCUUGAUGGGAUCCAAGGCAGAUUCUGUAAAGAAGAUAGUCAAGCCUGUGUCCACGACGAAGAAGAUUUUGACUGUGAGGAAGCCAAUUUCUCCCCCGGUCACCGCCAAUGCCGUAAGCCCGAAGCAGGGGUCUCUCAAAAGGAAAUUGGUGUCGGAGGAGGCGUACGAGGACAACGACGAGGACAAUUGGAAUAACUUGGAAAAGAAAGUAAAGGUAGUCACAAACGGUAGCGAAGACAGUGCUGUCGAAUAUACUAUCACGGCCCCGAAGGCAACGACCGUGAGAACUCAGAUACUUAAGAAACCCGCGGAACAGAAACGAACGGUGUUUGACAGACUGGGCGACAGCUCGGUCACGAGCACGACCAAUCUAGCGGACACGACGCCCACUUUCAACAUCACCGUCGGGAAGGACGUGUUCAAGAGAUCGACUAGCGUUUUCAAGCGUCUCGGCGACAUAGACGACAAGAAGGACCACGCGACCACCGCGGGGAUACUUAAGAAUGGCUCUGGCACCGUCAGUUUAUCGGGUAUACUGAAGAACCGGACGCUGCCCAGCACACGCACGUCGGUCAUAACGACGAAGAGAGUCGUGCCCAAGAUCACCGGCACCAUGCACGCCGAUCACGAAGCCAGCAAGAAGAUCACCUUGAAUAGCACGAGCCGCAUACUGAAGCUGAAAAAGGCCGCGGUAGCCCCGAGUAAUAUUAAACUGAGCGCCAAAGGUGUCGCCGUCAAACCUGCUGUCUCAUCUGGCAAAUUAGCUUCGGAACGACUUAUCUCGAUACCGGCCAAAGCACGCCUGGGCACGACCACUGCCAAACAAGUGACUUUCAGUAAAGUGGCAACGGUGUCGCCCGUGAAGAAGCCGGAUGUCUUCAGUCGCUUGGGCAUGUAAUCUGGGCUUUCUUGUAUCCCCUGCUGUCAGUCGCGAGCGAGUGCAACGGGCAGUCGCAAUCGGAACUGUUGUUUGUAUAAAGUUAGAUAGUUCUCCAAGCCAGCUGCAGUGACAUUUGGUUAAUUGACCGUAUAUGAUUGAAGUUUCUUUUAUUACGAACGGAAUAUAUCGCUGACCAGAGUCUCGUGCGAGACCAUUGGAAGGAUGUGAAUGACAUGUACGGUGUAAAUAUAACAAGAGAUAUUGAUGACUUACGAUUUAUAUAAUUUAGUGAUGCUCAUAACUUGUUCGAUCGUAAAGAACGCAAAUUUAACACAGCCUAGUGAGAUGUACUUUUUUGAAUUUCUAUAAGGUCAUGCAAACUUUUUCCUCUUUUAUUUUUUUCCUUUCAUUUGAGAGGAUUUAACGGAUGGUCAAAAUUGAGAUUAUAUCAUAUCUUAUAAGGCACAACUGUAUUUUAAACUUGUGUGUAUACUAGCUUUUUUUUUAUUUUAACGGCAAAAAAGAAGGUUUAUGCCAGUACCAGUUUUCAUAUACAUGUGUGUUACUUUCCAAGUUUUUAUAAUAUCUUCGGGAUGUCGUCGUACACAAAUACAAAUGUAUGAACGAGCAAUUAGAUUUGCUAUAUUUUAAAAAAUUGGACUUGUUAUAUUUUUAGCUGUACUUCCUAUAGAUUUUAAUGCUUUCUUUUGAAUGCAAUCUGAGUCCAAUAAAAUAUAUUUGUUAAUACGGACAUUGUGAGAGGAAAUAAUCUACCGAAAGUGUCCUAUAAUACUUUAUUAGUAACAUUUAACAGUACUUGAAUAAUUGAAAAGUAUAUAGCUUGUGAUAACAACGGAUUGAUACAAUUGUACAUGUGUUUUGUAUAAUUGAACUAUUGCCACAAUAAGUAAAAUAUCGAAAAAUGUAUUCUUAUAAGAUUUCUUAAGACGAAUCUAGACCAGCAAGAACGAACGAUCACGAACGGACCUACGAUGAGCAUUUUAAUUUCUUCGUACAGUUUUCGAGGCUAUGGCCCGGUUUCACCAAACAUCGUUUAACUUAAUCUUAUUUUGAUUCACGUUUGUCUCUUUCUAAAGUAAUACCGAGAAAAAUAUCCUGGCCUGUCUAAUCGUAUAAUCAAUUACAUAUCAACAAGCGGAUAUAUUCGAUUAAAUUGUAUAUCCGGUGAAAAAUAUAAUUGCUUUUUCGAUUAAAUUUCAUCGGUAACUGCAAUUUUAUCGGAUAAAUUUCAUCGCACGUAUCCAUAAUUCACCCGGAAAACUUAAUCAGAAAUUUUUCUCUGUCAACAGUUAGAAAGAGACAAAGAAUGAAUUGAGCUAAGCUUAAAGUUAAGCGACGUUGGUGAAACCAGGUCUAUCUCGGAAUUAGAGUAUUAUGGCUUACAAGUAAGAUUGAGGUGGAAUUAAAGUGUAUUCUAAUACAUAAAUAUCUAUAUGGGAGGCAAUAAUCCUCAGUCUUCUUCAUAAGAAAAUUUUUAAUAGAUAUUAGUGAUUAUAUUUCUAUAGUUUUUUAUAUUCAUCGCAUAACAAAAAUUGGUAAAACUGCAUAAUAAAGUAUCUUUCUACUUUUAGGAUCCAUCCAGACAAAUGCACCUAUGCAAGUUUGUCUGGGUAGACCCUUCGAGCAUUCAACAUAAAA